UGCCCAGCGCCUCUCACAUUACCCCCCUCCACUCCUCAGACCACAGCUUUACUUUACUGUGCUGACUGUGACCCCGCCCUAGACAUUGCCCUCCCACUCACUCAGAACUAGUGAUUGUGAGCUCUUUGCAGACCCAGGUCAUACCCUGCCUUGGCCCAGACUGCACUGCUCCAGUGACAGAGCGAAGAUUGGAAGGUUAACCAGGCCUAAAGAGAAGGGCUGCAUGGUCCCCCUGCCCUGUUGUGUGCAGAAAGCAAGUCUACAGUAUCCCACUGCUCACACCUAAAUUUCCAUUCUUCAUCGCUACGUGCAGUACAUCCUCCUCUCCUCUGCUGUCUCUUUUUUCUCUCAUCAUUCCAUAUAUUUAUUCUCCACGUCACCCUGCUUGUUUCCAUGACUUCUGGCCUAUCUCCAUGGCGUACAAAUCACGCUUUUCAUUCUGGGAGCAAAAGGUUAAAGUUGAGAACAAGCCAGAUUCUGAUGUAGAUAGUAGUCAGCCUCAGGCAGUCACUAAACCCGGGCUAGACACAGGAAGUGGUCCACAGUCAACUGCACCAUCAGCUGAAGAGUUAAAUGGUAACGUUGCUAUGGGCGGUUCAGACACGCCGGGGGAGGAGCAGAGCUCUAGUGGUAAGAAGGUGGUGAGGGUUGUGAGAAGAGUUGUUAGACGCGUGGUUCCUGCUGGGACGGUAGAGCAGAACCCGCCCGCUGUUUCUGAGUCUGCGAGGGCUGCCUCUGCUACAGACCCGGCGCUCAAAACCACCAGAGCUGCUGGGCAGGACAAGGAUGAUAUCUCCAUGGGCCUCACCAGCCUAAUGGGCAGAGGCAGAACCAAGGAUCACCGGCCUCGCACCCGCACCCAGGACCGCAAAGAGGACAUGAAAGAAGAGGCGAAGCAGGAGGAGGAGAAAGGAGAGGUGAAGGAAGAGGAGGAAAAACCUACUGUGGAAAAAACAGAGGAGGCCACAUCCACAUCUGUGCCCAGUACUACAGCACCAAACCCUGCACCACCAAAGUUUAACCCCCUCACCCCUCCAGCUGGAUUCAUCCCUGCUCCCAAACCCAACCCUUUGGCCCCGCCUGCUGGUUUCAUCCCGCUACCCAAACAGAAUCAGUUGACUCCUCCGCCUGGUUUCAUCCCUGCCAGAAAAUCAAGUCCGGUGCCACCAAAGCAGAACCCCCUGGCACGACCGCCAGGAUUCAUCCCUGUCCCAAAGACAGACCCCCUUGCUCCUCCUGCAGGGUUCAUCCCAAAGCCUCGACCAGUCGCUGUAAAGAAACCCGAGGUUAAGGAGACAUCUUGUCCCCCUGUGGCCCCCGAUGGUAAGCCGUCAUCUGUUGCACUGCCCCAGGCUCAGUCUGUGCCGCAUGAACAGGUCCCAGGGCUGAUUCCCUCUGAGGAGGAUUACAAGCGUGUGAGGAGGAUCUUCGCCGUCGAUGGCAACGAUCGUGCCGGAGGCCGCAAACCCUCUCAGUCCAAGCUGGUUGAGGACCCUGUGGCCAUACUUCAGGCAGCACACUCAGCUGCAGCUAAGGGAAAGACUGAGGAGCAGAUAACGGCAGAGAGAGCCUGGUAUAACACAGAACCAGUAUGGCUUGUCCACAAGGAUGGGUUUUCCAUGGCAACUCUCCUGAAGACGGAGGCAGGCAGUCUGCCAGAGGGGAAGGUAAAAAUCCGCCUGGAGAGUGAUGGAUCUUUAUUGGAUGUGGACGAAGACGAUGUAGAGAAGGCAAACCCUCCGAUGUUUGACCGAGUGGAGGACCUGGCCUCUCUGCAGUAUUUGAAUGAGUCGAGCGUGAUGCACUCCCUGAGGCAGCGGUACGGCGGUAACCUGGUGCACACUCAUGCUGGGCCCAACAUGGUGGUCGUUAACCCCAUUAGUGCCCCAUCGAUGUACUCUGAGAAGGUGAUGCAAAUGUUUAAGGGCUGCAGAAGGGAGGACACCGCCCCUCACAUUUACAGCAUGGCCCAGGCUGCCUAUAGGAACCUCCUGACCACUCGCCAGGAUCAGUCCAUUGUCUUGCUGGGCAAGAGUGGUAGUGGCAAGACCACCAACUGUCAACACAUCAUCCAAUACCUGGUCACCAUCGCUGGCAGCACCAACAAAUCAUUCUCCACAGAGAAAUGGCAGGCUGUCUACACAGUUUUGGAGGCCUUUGGGAAUGCUUCUACUUGUAUGAAUGGGAAUGCUAGUCGCUUCUCACAUAUCGUUUCCUUGGACUUUGACCAGGCAGGCCUGGUGACCUCAGCCUCUAUCCAGACCAUGCUUCUGGAGAAGAUGAGGGUGACAAGAAGACCAGGGGGAGAGUCCACUUUUAAUGUCUUUUACUACCUGAUGGCUGGAAUAGAAAGCUCUCUGAGAACUGAGCUGCACCUUAACCACUUUGCUGAAAACAAUGCAUUUGGAAUAAUGCCUCAGAAUAAGACCGAGGAUAAACAGCGGGCCUCCCAGCAGUUUUCCAAGCUGCAAGCAGCCAUGAAGGUUCUGGGGAUCAGUGGUGAUGAGCAGAGGGCCUUCUGGCUUGUCCUCGCAGCCAUCUACCAUCUUGGGUCUGCAGGAGCUACUAAGGCUGGCAGGAAACAAUUUGCACGUCAUGAGUGGGCUCAGAAGGCAGCCUACCUGCUGGGCUGCACCCUGGAGGAGCUCUCCUCCUCCAUCUUCAAGCACCAGGCCAAGGGCACUCUGCCCAGAGCCAGCUCCAUUCGCCAGGCUUCGGACGAAAAUGGCACAGCAGAUGCAGCAGGAUCCAAGGCUACGGCCAUGGAGUGUUUAGAGGCCAUGGCAUCUGGGCUUUACUCAGAACUCUUCACUAUCCUAAUUUCUUUAAUAAACCGGGCCUUGAAAUCCAGCCAGCACUCCCUGUGCUCUCUGCUCAUUGUGGACACACCAGGCUUUCAAAACCCCAGGCUGGCUAAGCGCGAGUGCAGCGCAACCUUUGAGGACCUAUGCCACAACUACACUCAAGAACGUUUGCAUUCCCUCUUCUAUCAGCGGACCUUCGUUCAGGAGUUGGAGAGAUACAAAGAGGAGAACAUAGAGCUUGCUUUCGAUGACACAGAGCCCAGCACGUCUCUGUCUGUAGCAGUGGUAGACCAAGCCUCAAGCCAAGCGCUGGUGCGGACAGUGCGAACAGAUGAGGCACGGGGCCUGCUGUGGCUGAUGGAGGAGGAGGCGCUGCAGCCUGGGGGGUCAGAGGAAACCCUGUUGGGACGUCUCUUUAGCUACUACGGACCUGCUGAGGGCGAGAGUAAAGGUCACACUUUCCUCCUGAAGAGUGAAAAGGAUCGUCAUUUCCUGCUGGGCCACAGCCACGGGACUGACUGGGUGGAGUACGAUGCCUGCGGGUGGCUCAACUACGCCAAGCACAAUCCUGCAUCUACCAAUGCUCCAAGCCUGCUGCAGGACUCCCAGAAGAAGAUCAUCAGCUCGUUGUUCACGGGCCGAGCGGCUGGAGCCACUGUUCUCUCCGGUUCCAUUGCGGGCCUUGAAGGUGUUUCCCAGCUGUCGUUGCGACGGGCCACUAGCAUGAGGAAGACUUUCACCACAGGGGUGGCUGCUGUCAAGAAGAAGUCUUUGUGUAUCCAGAUAAAGCUUCAAGUGGAUGCUCUCCUCGACAUGGUGCGGAGGUCCAGGAUUCAUUUUGUUCACUGCUUAUUGCCCAAGGCAGAUGCACUCAAGGCUCUGAGUGGAUCCAUGUUCAAAGGAGGGGAAUGUGAGGCUCAAGGGGAGACUGGAGAUCCCGGCUUAAUGCAGCUAGAUGUUGCCUUGCUCCGUGCUCAGCUGCGCGGCUCCAAGCUGCUGGAUGCUCUACGGAUCUACAGGCAAGGUUACCCCGAUCACAUGGUGUUCUCUGAGUUUCGAAGGCGCUUUGAUGUGCUGGCACCGCACCUCACCAAAAAGCAUGGGAGGAAUUACAUUGUGAAGGACGAGAAGAGAGCUGUGGAGGAGCUACUGGAGUCCUUGGAUUUGGAAAAGAGCAGCUUCCAUAUGGGUCUCAGUAGGUUGUUCUUCAGAGCCGGCACCUUGGCGAAGCUAGAGGAACAGAGGGAUGAGCAGACCAAGCGUAAUCUCACCCUGUUCCAAGCUGCCUGCAGAGGCUACCUGGCACGGCAAGCCUUCAAGAAGAGGAAGAUUCAGGAUCUAGCAAUCCGCUGCGUCCAGAAAAACAUCAAGAAGAACCGUGGUGUGAAGGACUGGCCAUGGUGGAAGCUCUUCACCACAGUCCAGCCCCUCAUUAAGGUCCAGCUCACUGAGGAGCAGAUGCGAGGCAAAGACGAGGAGAUACAGCAGCAAAAAUCGAAGCUGGAGAGGGUGGAGAAAGAGCGGAAUGAGCUGAGACUGAACACGGAUCGAUUGGAGAGCAGGAUCUCAGAUUUGUUGGCAGAACUGGCUGAUGAGAGAAGCACUAGUGAGUCAGCAUCCCAGUUGCUGGAGACUGAGACUUCAGAGAGACUCCGCAUGGAGAAGGACAUGAAGGAUCUACAGGCUAAGUUUGACGCCAUGAAGAAACAGUUAGAAUCACAAGAGAUGGAGGUGAUGGAAGCUCGGCUCAUGAAAACAUCAGAGCUCAACGGGGAGACGGAUGACGACGACGACGAUGCUGGAGGCGAGUGGCGGAUAAAAUACAACCGAGCCAUUCGUGAAAUGGACUUCACCAAAAAGAAACUCCAGCAGGAGUUUGAUGAAAAGCUGGAGACAGAGCAGCAGAGCAAAAGACAUCUUGAGAGAAGGCUGGCUGAUUUGCAGACAGAUAAUGAGGAUGUGCUGCGCUCUGUGCAGCAGCUGAAGAAGAAGUGCCAGAAACUGACGGCAGAGCUGCAGGACACCAAGCUUCACUUGGAGGGCCUGCAGAGCCGCAACCAUGAUCUGGAGAAGAAACAGAGGAAAUUUGACCUGGAGCAGAACCAGACUCAGGCCGAGGUACAAAGAGAAAGGAACCAGAGGGAGAAGCUGGCUCGAGAGAAAGACAUAAUGACUGGUGAGAUGUUUAACCUCCGCCAGCAGCUGCAGGACAAGGACGUUGAAUUGUGCACCGCAAAUAUGAAGGUGCAGCAGCUGGAGGCCGAGCUACAGGAUCUGUCUUCCCAGGAGUCGAAGGACGAAGCCUCGCUGGCCAAAGUCAAGAAGCAGCUUCGCGAGCUCGAGGCCAAGGUGAAAGACCAGGAGGAGGAGCUAGACGAACAGGCUGGGACCAUCCAGAUGCUGGAACAGGCUAAGCUGCGGCUUGAGAUGGAGAUGGAGAGGCAGCGACAGACCCACUCUAAAGAUAUUGAGAGUAAGGAUGAAGAGGUAGAGGAGAUCAGGCAUUCUUGCAGUAAGAAGCUGAAACAGAUGGAGGUGCAGCUGGAGGAGGAGUAUGAAGACAAGCAGAAAGUGUUGCGUGAGAGAAGAGAGCUGGAAUCCAAACUGCUGACUGCCCAAGAUCAGGUGAGCCAGAGAGAUGUGGAGACGGAAAAGAGGCUAAAGAAAGACUUGAAGAGAACCAAAGUCCUUCUGGCUGAUGCACAGAUUAUGCUGGACCACCUGAAGAGUAACGCCCCCAGCAAGAGGGAGAUCGCCCAGCUCAAAAAUCAACUGGAGGAGUCAGAGUUCACUUCUGCGACAGCAGUGAAGGCUCGAAAGGGCAUGGAGAUUGAAAUAGAGGACUUGCAUAUCCAAAUGGAGGAUGUGGUCAAAGCUAAGAUGUCGUUGGAAGAGCAGGUAAGCCGUCUGCAGAGGGAGAAGAAUGACCUGCAGUCUCGUAUGGAGGAGGAUCAGGAGGACAUGAAUGAGCUGAUGAAGAAACACAAAGCUGCAGUUGCCCAGUCUGCCAGGGACUUGAGCCACAUCAGUGACCUGCAGGCCCAGCUUGAAGAGGCCACAAAGGAGAAGCAGGAGAUCCAAGAAAAGCUUCAUUCACUGCAGAGCCAGCUAGAGUUUCAAGAACAGUCCAUGGUGGAAAAGUCUCUUGUGUGCCGUCAGGAGGCCAAGAUCCGUGAGCUGGAGACCAAGCUGGAGUAUGAGAGGACACAGAUCAAACGCUUGGAGAGCCUGGUGGGUCGUCUGAAGGAGAACCUCGAAAAGUUGACAGAGGAGAGAAACCAACGCAUUGCUGCAGAAAACAGGGAGAAGGACCAGAAUAAGCGAAUGCAGAGGCAGAUAAGAGACAUGAAAGAAGAAAUGGGAGAGCUGUCCAAGAAGGAGGCCGAGGCCAGCCGGAAGAAGCAUGAAUUGGAAAUGGACAUCGCAAGCUUAGAGGCGGCAAAUCAGAGUUUACAAGUUGACAUCAAGCUGGCCUUCAAGAGGAUAGGUGACCUGCAGGCUGCCAUAGAGGACGAGAUGGAGAGUGAUGACAAUGAUGAUUUAAUCAACAGCUUGCAAGACACGGUGACAAAAUAUCAGAAAAGAAAGAACAAAACUGGGGAUGAGACGGAAACAGAUUCCGAGGUGGAGGACCGGGUGGAUGGAGUUAAGUCUUGGCUCUCGAAGAACAAAGGCUCCACCAAGACCCUGUCAGAUGAGGGAAGUCUGAAGAGCACCAGCCCUUCUGUGUGCCGCAGACACCUGAGUCUUGGCAGGUCUGAUGAAGAGGAUGAAGUGGACAGAGACUCCAGCAGGCAGUCUCUGAGACAGAGCGACAGCGAAGGCACAUUGGCAGAGAGCGCAUCGUAACCCAAACUCAGGUCACCUCGUCUUUUCAGUGACAUCCAACACACAGGAGGGACACAAUUCUUUCCCCACAACUUCUCAGCCAGCAGGAGAGCUGCAUGGACAGAGAAAGAACACUGUUUUCAGAUAGUUUAACUGGGGCUUUUUAUCGUAUUUCACUUAUUAUUGAACACUAAUUCACAUCAUAAAUUGAUGUUGCUUCUAUGGUAAAUAUGUGCUUUUUCUGUUUUAUUUAACACAACGUAUUGAAUAAGUUAGGCACUACAGAACAGGGAAGUAAAGCACUAUCAAAAGAACUUCUGCUUUAUUUAUAAGAGCUGCUUUUCAGGCAAAUUUAAGCUCUCCUCUGCACUCUCCUCUGACUAUUCAGAUAGCUUUGCCAGGAGGAUUUAGAUAAGCCCGCUCUGGCUACAUUUCUCCAAGAAGUUCUGACCAGCCAUUAAGACCGCUCUUAUCUCUUCCCCAUUAAUGUGGACUAGCGCGUUGGGAGGAAUUAACCCAUUUUUAAUUAAUUAUCUUGCUGUACGUUUACAUGUGGCUCUUGUUCCAAGUUUGAGAUAUCCAUCAUUUGAACAAAGUGAUGCUAGGCUAUGAUUGCUGACAUCAAAUUAAAAAUAAUUUCGGAAAAUACAUUUCUAUUUGAACUAAGCUGUUAGAUAUGAUGCAUAUGUUUGCAUAUGGAUUUAAAGCAACAUCUGAUCUACAUGUGUAUACAUAGGCUACAUAGAUAUAUAAUAUAUGUGGAAUCAAAGCCUUUACAUUAAGUCUUUUAUUAAGAUAAGGUUAAUGUUGUUUCGCUGAUUUAUUCUUAUCUUUUGGUGGAGUUCAUGACGUAAUACUUUUGGUUUGGCUCUCUUGAGGCUCACUCAUGCUUUUGUCCACUUGUGUCAUAUGUAUUAAGGAUCAAACGGACGCAUUUCUUUGCUUUUAUACAGGAGCUUUCUGUAGAGCCUUUGAGACCUUGCAGAUGCAGAAAUGCAGAGAUGUGUGGUGUUUUUUAGGAUGCACAAACACUGGAUUUCUGCUGUAUAUCAUGAAUUAAAGCUCCUUCUCAUGUUGAAUCCUGCACAAUAAUAUUCCAGUAUAAUGAACUCCAUUUUAAUGUUUCAAUUGCAUUUUGAAGUUACUUGUUAAAUGUGUACAGUGCAGAUUGUCUUGAAUUGAGGGAUUUUUUUCGGCCAUAUUGGUAAGCAGAAAAAUAAUUGCAUAAUUUUCAUCACCACAUGGUCCUCCCAUUUUAAGGUGCCAAAGACUUGUGUUCAAUAAACUGGUGAUAUUUUGCAAAUUAUAAAAUUUGGGAUUGGGACUUUUAGAGGUUAUUUGUGACUGCCAAUGAGCAGCACUCAUAUUAUGAUAUUGAGUUAUUCCCAGGCUGUGUUUUCGAAGGGUUUUCCAUGUCAGAUUCUUGUUUAUUUGUACUCCAUCUGACAUGUGUCUGGACAGCAAUGAUGCCUGUGUACUCUGUAUUAGACAGCUAAAAUACUGCCCAAAUACCCUUGAAUUAAAGCGAGUCUGCUCUUAUAUGUCAAUACCUUUAUUUGAUUUGUUGCUGUCCAGACACACAUGAAUCUUGCUAGUUCUUUCUAUAUUUUUUCUUACAGAACUAUAACAAUUUCCUAAGACCUUAUGCAUUUUUAACUAUUUAAAAUGCAUGUAGGUAGAUUUGAAUAUAAAAGCAUAUACAGCAUAUGUGCAUGUGGACUGUCUGCACGUGUGCAAAGAAAAGAUUCAAGUGUCUGGAUUGUUAUUUGCAUAUCUUCUCAGAAGAGGCUAAUCUGCAUUUCCUGUCUUAUUUUCUUUGCUUCGCACAUGAAUAUUAAUGUGGAACACAGGAAACUUUGAUGUCAGUGAUUCAGAAUAGACUUGUUAAACGAAAAAAUAUAUUUUAAGUGUCAUUGCCUCUAAGUUGGAGUUGCUUGGCAUUACACAACAUUUUUCAAAUGUUUGUUCAUACGUUUCAUUUUGUCAUCUUUUGAAAAGGCUUGUCUAUUUUCAUUAUUGAACAGAUCAUUUGUGAUAUGAGUGAUUUUGGGAUUUUUUUUUUUUUUCUGGAGAUUUUUUUUUGUAAAUAUAUUCUGUUUACAGAAUCAGUGUUCGCUUGCUGUAAUUGCAAAGAGGUAUAAUUUGGAUGCAUAUUUGUUUCACAUUCACCACUGUCAGACAGUUGGAGAAAAGGAGGCAGGACGUUUUUUUCCCCCAAAAAAACAAGCCAUUGGUGUGUUUGAUUAAUUUUAGCUCAUCCGCCUCAGAGUAACUUCUCAUCAUACCCAUCCACUUUUCCCACGAGAGUACAGAGGAAACAAACAAUUCAUUGAAAUGAUUAAUUCUGAGCCGCUGGAAUACUGAAUUGCUCACACUACCUUGCAACACAUGGGUUGUUAAAAUGCACAGCUACACAGUUCAAAACCGCGCUCGGGGCGAAUUCAGGAAGAUCAAAAACCGAGAGCAAGCACAGUCUUCCUCCCCGCAUCAAUCUUUAUUUUUACAUAGGUGAAGCUUAGAUAGAUUUAAAAGGAUUGAUGGUUUUAGAUUACCACCUUGGCUGGCAUUCACACACUGUGUGUUUUGCUUUAAAGAAUCCCCUAUUUAUCCAACCAAUCUGUAGUCCUCAGUCAUUCCUAUACACAACCUGUUCUGGCGCUUCACUAUGUGCCAGGGAGCUUUUGCUGUAAUUUCACUUGACUUGCGUGCACCCUCUGGGUGGCUGCAUGUUUCUGCUUAAAGGCUUUCCAUUGAGUGACAGAUUAAAUUCUGCUCCUGA